AUGGUGUCCAGCGUCACGGCUAGCUCGGCCCCGGCCGUCUCGGAGCGUCGUCUGCUCUGGAAGAUUGACAUGCUGCUCAUGCCACUCAUGACGAUUGCUUACGGUCUUCAAUUCUACGACAAGGCUAUUCUCGCAUCCGCGUCCAUUUUUGGCAUCCUAAAGGAUCUCGAACUGUCGGUCGUGCAUCCAGGUCGUCCACCCAAAACGUCGCUUGAGCGCUACUCGACCGCCACCUCGGCUUUCUAUUGGGGCUACCUCGUCGCCGCGCUGCCGAUGGCGUUGCUCGUGCAGCGUUUUCGCACAAACGUCUUUCUCGGUUCCGCCAUCGUGCUUUGGGGCAUCAUUGUGAUCCUCACUCCGGCGAUCGGCAGCUGGAGAGGUCUGAUCGCACAACGCUUCUUCCUAGGCGCAAUCGAGAGUGCUGUGAGUCCCGGCUUUGUGCACAUCACCCGUUCUUGGUACAAGAGGUCCGAGCAGCCUCUCAGGCUCGGCAUCUGGUACUCGGCCACCGGUCUCUUCUCGAUCUUUUCCGGUGUCAUCAACUACGGCCUCGGAAAGGCUGGUAGUAGGACUGACGCAAAGUUGGCAGCGUGGAAGUACAUGUUUCUCUUCGCCGGCGCCGUCACAAUCCUGUUUGGUGUGGUGAUGCUCCUCCUCCUCCCUUCAGCGCCUACCGGUGAUGCUUUGCUCCGGCUCUCCGGAUACAACCGCUUUUCUCCAGAGGAAAAAAGUCUGGCAGCUGGCAGGCUGCGCUCCAACAUCACAGGCGAGGUCAACGAAGAUGAUGCUUCUACCCUGCGCGCAAGCUCCACCGUCGAUCGCAAGCAAGAUACCAUUGACGACCAACAACUCACCCCUCCUGCAAAACGCUCAUCCACAGACGAGCCCCCCGCAACCCCACUCCCCACCGGCGGUCUCAAUGAUAAACUAGCCUCGCUCAACGUCUCGGCGUCGACCUCCGGAGUGCGAGAGCGAUGGAAUGUAGCUCAGAUCAAGGAAGCAUUGAUCGACUACAAGACGUACAUCUUUUUCCUCCAAGCUAUCACCAUCUAUAUUUGCAACGGAGGCGUCACGGCUUUUGGAGCCUACAUCAUCAAAUCGUUUGGCUACACCGCGCUCCGUUCCAUCCUCCUCCAGACUCCUGGUGGAGCUACUACGGUGAUAUCGAUCUACAUCUCGACGAUCGUGGUGCUCAAGGUGCGCAACUCGCGUUCCGUGCUGCUCAUCCUCACCUGUCUUCCGGUCAUGGCCGGGGCUGUGAUGAUCUGGAAGGGAGACUGGUCGAAUCGAGCCGUACCUCUGGCAGGCUACUACCUGCUGCCCAUCUUUGGUGCGCCAUUUGUACUGAUGCUUUCGUUAAGCACGGCAAACGUUGCCGGUGCAACCAAACAGUCGAUCACCUCAGCGUUUGUCUUUGCCGGCUACAACGUCGGCAACAUUAUCGCUCCGUAUCUGACGCUUGCUUCCGAAGCGCCUAUUCACUAUCGGACCACAUUUGUCGCCAUCAUCACGUGCAUGGCCAUCACAAUCGGCUUGACGUUGAUCCUCGAUGCGGGCCUCUGGUGGCAAAACCGUUCCAGGAGACUAGCCAGGCAAAAUGAGCCAAAGAGUAAACAAGAGAUCGACGACUUGAAAAAGCGUGCCAUCUUGAUGGACAUGACCGACUGGCAGAAUCCGUAUUUCGAAUAUGUCUUUUGA